UCGGCGAUGCUCCUCACUUUCUGCUCCAGCUCCCGCCGCCACCGCCGCCUUCACAGCCACCUCCGCCUCCUCAUCGUUGUCCUCCUCCYCUGCCUGGAAGCCCUGUUCUCAGCAGCGGAGGAGAGAAGUGCUAUGUCAGGAAAGUUCCUGGAGGAACUGGAUGAGGCCAUGCUCCCCGRGCUCUUCCUGAGGCGCCCGCGCGCUGCCCUUUGUAUGAGGCAGAAGAACUCCUGUGGAAGAUGGAACCCUUUGUCCAUUUUCCAGAAUGUGUUUCCAAGCCCAUCAGUGGAACCUGAUACUGCUGUUCUGUGUUGAAAUGCUUGAAGAACACACACAUCUUUGCCUGCACCCUCUGUCUUCCUGAAACCAUGGUCUUCUCAGCAGUGUUGACUGCGUCCCAUGCUGGGAUAUCCAACACAACAUUUGUAGUCUAUGAAAACUCCCACAUGAAUAUUACGGCCCCUCCACUGUUCCAGCCUCCCAGCGUUGGUCCACUGCUUAGAUACAGUUUUGAAACCAUGGCUCCCACUGGUUUCAGUUCCUUGACAGUGAAUAGCACAGGUGUGCCCCCAACACCAGCUGUUUUCAAGAGUCUGAGCUUGCCUCUUCAGAUCAUCCUUUCUGCUAUCAUGAUAUUUAUUCUGUCUGUGUCUUUUCUCGGGAACUUGGUUGUUUGCCUCAUGGUUUACCAAAAAGCUGCCAUGCGAUCUGCAAUUAACAUCCUCCUUGCCAGCCUGGCUUUUGCAGACAUGUUGCUUGCAGUACUGAACAUGCCCUUUGCUCUGGUAACUAUUCUUACUACCAGAUGGAUUUUUGGGAAAUUCUUCUGUAGAGUUUCAGCUAUGUUUUUCUGGUUGUUUGUGAUAGAAGGUGUUGCCAUCCUACUCAUAAUUAGCAUUGAUAGAUUCCUUAUUAUAGUCCAGAGGCAGGAUAAGCUAAAUCCAUAUAGGGCUAAGGUUCUGAUUGCAGUUUCUUGGGCAACUUCUUUUUGUGUAGCUUUUCCUUUGGCUGUAGGAAACCCUGACCUGCAGAUACCUUCCCGAGCCCCCCAGUGUGUCUUUGGGUACACAACCAAUCCCGGUUACCAGGCCUAUGUGAUUUUGAUUUCUCUCAUUUCUUUCUUCAUACCUUUCCUGGUGAUACUGUAUUCAUUUAUGGGCAUACUCAACACCCUCCGGCACAAUGCCUUGAGGAUCCAUAGCUAUCCAGAAGGUAUAUGCCUAAGCCAGGCCAGCAAACUGGGUCUCAUGAGUCUACAGAGACCCUUCCAGAUGAGCAUUGACAUGGGCUUUAAAACACGUGCCUUCACCACCAUUUUGAUUCUUUUUGCUGUUUUCAUUGUCUGCUGGGCUCCAUUCACCACUUACAGCCUUGUGGCAACAUUCAGUAAGCACUUUUACUAUAAGCACAACUUUUUUGAGAUAAGCACCUGGCUACUCUGGCUCUGCUACCUCAAGUCUGCGUUGAACCCACUGAUCUACUACUGGAGGAUUAAGAAAUUCCAUGACGCCUGCCUGGACAUGAUGCCGAAGUCCUUCAAGUUUCUGCCACAGCUCCCUGGUCACACAAGGCGAAGGAUACGUCCCAGUGCUGUCUAUGUGUGUGGGGAACAUCGGACGGUGGUGUGAAUAUUGGAGCUGUCUGUCAUUUUGGGUGAUGAUUGUUCUUGACUUUGAACUUUGCUCACAUGGCUUCGCCAUUUAAACUUUAUUGUUUUUUUAUAGGUUGUGUGUGUGUGUGUGUGUGUGUGCAGUGUAAAGAAAGAAUGGUAAUUUGUUAUAGUCCUGUUACCAAGGAUACAAAAUAGGAAAGUUAACAUAAAUGUUACCUUCAGGGUUCAAGAAAAAUCCUUGAUUUAGAUUGCGGAGAUUGUUUUGUUUUAUUGACAGAUUUUAUUUUUGUGGCAGGAAUCAGGAUUGUGCUCUAUUGAGCCUGCAGUUAUCUUGAAUUGUUAGUGUUUUGUUUGCUGCUAAGGAAUGCUUAGUUGAAUUUAUCAAUUCUUUUUUUCUGGACAACACUGCUGCUUCUUGCCAUUACAUUGGAGCCAAAAACCCAUACAUCUCAGUUGAUAAAUAUUUAGUUUUAUUUUAAAAAAUAAC